AUGGGAUACGCAGGGUCCAACAAGAACCGGAGGAUGAGGAUUAGGAACCACACCGGCUCCUGUCUCAGAGCGAUCAGGCGUCUCGCGAAAUCUCACUUUGGUAUACCCCUUACCCACGAGAACAACAACGAAGCGGUGGCUCCUUUAGAAGACGCAGCCCUACCAGAAGGCGUUCCCAUCCAAUCGACCUCGAGGAUGGGCAAAUACCCUCCAGGACCCAUCUAUAAUCUGUCAGAACAUGAGCUCGCGGUAUUACGCGAAUACAUCGCUUCGGCCCAGGCGAAAGGAUGGAUUCGACGAUCAAUCAGUCCUGCAGGCUCUCCGAUUCUCUUCGUUCCUAAAAAGGGAGGGAAACUACGGUUAUGCGUCGACUACCGUGGGUUGAAUAAGGUGACCAAGAAGAACCGAGCGGCUUUGCCAUUGAUCUCGGGGAUCUUGGACCGACUGGGGGACGAGUGGAAAACAGCAUUUAGGUGCCACUAUGGCCAUUACGAAUACCAGGUGAUGCCAUUUGGGCUGGUCAACGCUCCCGCCUCGUUCCAGCAAUAUAUCAACGAUGCACUAGAAGGCCUGGUUGACAUCAUCUGUGUUGUCUAUCUGGACGACAUCCUUAUCUUCAGUGAAGACCCGGAACAGCAUGAAGGCCAUGUCAAGGACGUCCUGCAAAGGUUACGAAAAGCCGGACUUUACGCCAAUCUGAGCAAAUGCGAAUUCUCGGUGAAGAAAGUCUCCUUCCUGGGGUUCGUGGUCGAUGAGGAAGGAAUCCACAUGGAAGAGGAACGGAACUACAGCAAGAUCGUGUCUCCGCUCACGGAUCGUCUCCGCAAGGGGCAUCGAAGCUUUCAAGCUGGAUCCAAAAGCAAUGAGGGCUUUGAGGAUCUCAAGACGGCCUUCACAUGUGGGCCUGUUCUCAGACACUUCGAUCCUUCCAAGACAAUACGAAUCGAAACAGAUGCGUCCCAGUUCGCUAUCGGAGCAAUAAUCUCUCAACUGCACGCCGAUCGAUGGCACCCGUAG